CAAACAAGCACUAAGAUUAGCUUAAAGCAAGGGCAAUACAGAGACUAAGGACCUUUGUACAGCCAGAUUAUCAAUGCUUUGCCCAUGUGGAUAGAAAUAUAUUUUAAGAUCCGCAAGUCCACAGAAGAUGAUUUUAUGAUCUGGAGAACAUAGUGGAAUGACAGUUCUCCGUCCUUUCAUCAAAAUUAGUCUUUAUGAUUUAGGAACCAAGAGAAUACUUUUAUUUCUGAGGUUCAAAGUGCUCCCUCUUCACUUUCUUUUCUGCAACCGUGGAGAUUGAGUAAUACUAAGAAAGAAACUGAGAAAGUGAUGACGGGGAUGGGGAUGCAGAAAUUCAUCACGGAUGUAUUGCCCUUUGCAGCAAUGGUAAUGGUAGAGUGCACCGAUAUAGGUAUGAUAACCCUAGCCAAAGCUGCCAUGAAUAGUGGGAUGAGCAAAUUCGUUUAUGUUGUCUACUACAACGCCCUUGGCACCCUCAUCCUUCUUCCAUACAUAAUCUUCCACAGCUGCAGAAGCAGUCGGCUUACUCUCACUUUCUCUAUUCUCUGUAGAUUCUUCAUCCUUGGUUUCGUUGGAAUUUGUCUAUUGCAGGUUUCUGCUUAUAUUGGAAUAGACUACAGCUCUCCAACUCUGGCAGCUGCUAUAGGCAACUUGAUACCAGUUUUUACAUUUCUGUUCGCAAUCAUUUGCAGGAUGGAGAAGUUAGACUUAAGAAGAUCAAGCAGUCAAGCAAAAUCGUUGGGCACCAUAGUAGCAAUAUCUGGAGCAUUCGUGAUGACUCUUUAUGAAGGCCCACCAAUUCUAAUGUUAACAUCGCAAACUAAUUUGCCUCAGCAGCUUCUUCUGUUGCGACAGUCGAAUUGGGCACUCGGAGGACUUUUUCUGGCCAUCACUUGCAUUUGUUCUUCAAUCUGGAAUGUUUUUCAGACAGCAACUGUCAAGCUAUACCCGGAUGAAAUGACUAUAGUCUUUUUCUGUAGCUGCUUCGGUUCCAUUCAAUGUGCAAUUUUCACUCUCAUCAUAGAAAGAGAUCUAGGUGCUUGGGUGCUACAGCCUGGCAUCCAGAUGACAGCUACUGGUUAUGCGGCAAUAUUCGGUACUGUAUUCCGUAGUAGUAUUGUAACAUGGUGCCUGGGCAAGAAGGGUCCUAUUUAUGUAGCCAUGUUCAAGCCAUUGUCCACGGUCAUUGCAGUGAUCAUGGGGGUCAUGUUCCUUGGUGAGACACUUCAUUUAGGCAGUGUUAUUGGAUCAAUUUUGAUUGCUAUUGGAUUUUACACCGUGAUAUGGGGACAGGCCAAAGAGCAGAACAUGGUCAUGGACGUUGUUUGUGGAUCGGAAUCAUCCACCCCAAACACUCCUCUCUUGCAAGGUCAUUGAAAAUAUCGAAAUGGACAAGGAGCCUCCAGGUUGUUCGGGAACAGUACCCAUGUAACUCUUUGAUUUUCUUUUGUUUUACGGCAAAUUGGGUGCGGUUGAUGUUCGCGACACAUUACAUGCAAUUCAAUACCCAACCAUAACUAAGGCCAAGCUAUGCAAUAUACAUGCCCCCGCGUGUACGACCGAUUUCAUCUGACCCGAAUUGGAAUUGGAAACAUAAAUCUGAUCCGAAUAUUUUAUUUUUUUUUAUUUUUUAAUUUUCAUGGCUCGUAUCCAAAUGGUUUAAGAAUGAAAACACUGUUUUAAAAAUGAGACAUUCCAAUAAAAAAAACCCCC